AUGGUCUCGGAUUGUUGCUGCUGCCUUUUCCUGCUCUCCCCGGACUCGUCCGAGUUGCGGCGCCGAGUCCCUGCGGGCUUUGUGCCAAUCGAUCCGUGGGUGCAGGCUUCAAACCGCCAACUCGCUGUUCGGCGAGCGAUGCGAGAUGCCAUGGUCGUCAUGGACAGCAACAACAGCAACGCUUGUCUCGUCUGGCAACGGGGUCGUCGUGUUGACUACGCGGCUGUCGAGUCGGCGCUUCGUUCGAGGCCGCUCGAGAUGGGCCCGGAGGAGCGGAGGAGAGCGGCUCGACGCCGCCUACGCCGGCGUCGACAGGUCGCCACUUCUGGCGACAUCUCCGAAAACCAGAGCAACUGGACCCGAUACCAACGCGUCGCCUCGGGCCUUCCGGCCGUGGAGGUCGGUGAGGCCGAGGCGGAGGCGAGCGCCGAGACCGAGGAGGAUUCGACCGAUCCGCAGCCCGAGGGCCUGCGCACCGGCUCGGUGAUGAGCUUCGGC